UGAAAGUUAAAAGGUCAAGUUCAUAGCGAUGGGUGGAGUUUAGUUACAUAUCAAAACGGAAAACUGUUCCGAGUUAUACAGUACACUCUGCUCUAAAUAGCUGUACCAUGAUUUAAGAAAUAUAGCAUUAGUGCAGAAGCAUGCUAACACGUUUAAGAUAUUAUUAACUUUAUUAAUAGCGUGGAAAUGGCUGCGAUGCUUAUGCAACUAACCAGCAGAACUUGCGGUUCUAGGAGCAGAUCGAUUUGGGCUUUGACAGCUCAGAAAAGAAGUCUGCAUUUGGGAAACGACUACAAAAAGUCUUUUAUUCAUAAAGAUCAAAAUAAUAUCAGCCCUAGUAAGUGUAAUGUCUGCAAGAACUGUGGAUUAAAAAGGAUCACGAAUUUUCAACUCAGUUCGAGGCUUCAAGAUCAACGUCGUUAUGUCAGCACUGGUAUUUUACAGCAAAUCCUUUACAAACCUCUGACCCCCAGAUUUCAAGGAGUCUGUAAGAUCUUAAUAAAACAACAGCUUGGUCGAGAUCCAGUUGGGUUAUGGAGACUUUUAGGAGGGACUUCUUAUUUUAGCACCUCUCGACCCAGGCAGGACAAAAACAGUAAUGAUGACGCUAAAGGGAAAACUCCAGAGGAGGAUGAAGAGGAGAAGAAGCGGCGCGAGCGAGAGGAUCAGAUGUACAGGGAGCGGCUGCGGACACUGUUCAUCAUCGCGGUCAUCAUGAGCCUCCUCAACUCCAUCAACACCAGCGGAGGCAACAUCUCCUGGAACGACUUUGUCAACGAGAUGCUGGCCAAGGGCGAGGUGUCCCGGGUGCAGGUGGUACCAGAGAGCGACAUCGUGGAGAUCUACCUGCACCCUGGUGCCGUCAUCUUUGGGAGGCCAAGGCUGGCCCUGAUGUACCGGAUGCAGGUUGCCAACAUCGACAAGUUUGAGGAGAAGCUGCGAGCAGCUGAGGAGGAGUUAAACGUUGACAUGAAGGAUAGGAUCCCUGUGUCCUACAAGCGCACUGGAUUCUUUGGAAAUGCUCUUUAUGCCCUGGGGAUGGCAGCAGUGGGGGUGGCGAUUCUCUGGUACAUCUUCCGACUGGCAGGGAUGGCGGGCAAGGAUGGUGGAUUCAGUGCAUUCAACCAGCUGAAGAUGGCUCGCUUCACCAUUGUGGAUGGAAAGUCAGGGAAGGGCGUGAGUUUCAAAGACGUGGCUGGGAUGCAUGAGGCCAAGAUGGAAGUGAAAGAGUUUGUGGAUUACUUGAAGCACCCAGACCGGUACCUCCUGCUGGGGGCCAAGGUGCCAAAGGGGUCUCUCCUUCUGGGACCCCCAGGCUGUGGGAAGACGCUGCUGGCCAAGGCGGUCGCCACCGAAGCCCAAGUCCCCUUUCUCGCCAUGGCGGGAUCAGAGUUUGUGGAGGUUAUCGGGGGCCUGGGUGCAGCGCGUGUGCGCAGCCUGUUUAAAGAAGCCCGCGCCCGCGCCCCCUGUAUCGUGUACAUCGAUGAGAUCGACGCUGUCGGGAAGAAGCGCUCCACCAACAGCUCCGGCUUCUCCAACACUGAGGAGGAGCAGACCUUAAACCAGCUGCUGGUCGAGAUGGACGGAAUGGGAACCACAGAUCAUGUGAUCGUGCUGGCAUCCACAAACAGAGCAGAUAUUUUAGAUAACGCACUGAUGAGACCUGGCCGGCUCGAUCGGCACAUUUUCAUUGACUAUCCUACACUGCAGGAGAGAAGAGAGAUCUUUGAGCAGCACCUGAAGAACUUGAAACUCACCCAGUCAGCCAGCUUUUACUCCCAACGUUUAGCUGAGCUCACACCAGGAUUCAGCGGAGCGGACAUCGCCAACAUCUGCAAUGAAGGAGCUUUGCAUGCGGCCCGAGAGGGAUACAAAUCAAUCGACACCUUCAACUUUGAGUAUGCGGUGGAGAGAGUUAUUGCAGGCAGUGUUAAGAAGAGUAAGAUCCUGUCUAAGGAGGAACAGAGGAUUGUGGCGUUUCACGAAUCGGGCCAUGCGCUGGUGGGCUGGCUGCUGGAGCACACAGAGGCUGUCAUGAAGGUCUCCAUUGCCCCCCGGACCAACGCUGCGCUGGGGUUCGCCCAGAUUCUGCCGCGGGACCAGUUUCUCUUCACCACCGAGCAGCUGUUUGAGAGAAUGUGCAUGGCUCUGGGAGGCCGGGUCUCGGAGGCCAUCACCUUCAAUAAGGUCACUACAGGGGCCCAGGAUGACUUGCGGAAGGUGACUCGCGUGGCCUACUCCAUGGUGAAGCAGUACGGCAUGGUGCCCAGCGUGGGUCAAGUCUCCUUCCCUGACACUGAGGAGGAGGGGGCCAUCGGGCGCAGACCAUUCAGCCAGGGCCUACAGGAGCAGAUGGACCAUGAGGCCAGGAUGCUGGUGGCUCGAGCAUACAGACACACAGAGAAACUGCUGCUAGACAACAGAGAUAAACUGAUUAUGCUGGCCAAUGCUCUGCUGGAGCGGGAGGUAGUGAACUAUGAUGACAUCGAGGCGUUGCUUGGGGCCCCCCCAUAUGGCCCCAAGAAGAUGAUCACUCCCCAGAGCUGGAUCGAGGCUGAGAAGGACAAGCAAGACACAGGGGAGGAGGAGCCAAGGAGGAAGCCACCAAGACGCAAGGAGGAAGAUGACGAGGCUAACUACAAGCCUGUUUAAAGCCCUGCUGUAUCCAUGGUGUGACUCUCCAGCAGGCAGACACUGCGCCUUUAUGUGAUACCGCCAGUGGGUCCACCUGCACCAGGAAUCAUUAAAGGAUUUUGAUCCAUUGUAAAGCCUCUGUAAUUGAUACCUACUGUUAUUAUUAUGCAGCAAAUAUGGUGUUGCACUGUAAAAAGGCUUUUCAGAUAAUUUUAUUGUGUUUGAUUCUAAACAGACAACGGAUUGAAGGUUUAAGGAUUACAUAACAUACUGCAAUGUUUACAGGAAACAUGACUGUAUCUCCUGUCAGUACCUAUAAUUAUCAUUUUUCAACAUAAUAUAAAACAAAAUCUAAACAAAACAAUAUUUCAAUUCACACAUCAUCGGGAAUACAUUUCUCAAUAUGUUGGCCAAGAGAAGGUGAAUGUCUCUGUCUCAUAAGGAUUGUAUCUUUCUCCCUCCCAGCUGCAACGCUGCUCAGUUUUCUAUUCCCACUGUACUUCAUUUAUUUAUUAAAAAAAAAUGAUUAAUGAAUAAAGUUGCUAAAAGAA